ACGACUCGUCGUCAGCUAGCCAGCCAGCCGAACCAGGCCUGCGUGCAUGCGUGCGUCUUUGCCGUGGGCCGCUUUGGUUGCAGUUGCAUCCUUUCUGUCUUCAUUUCCCUCCUGCUGCGCCUUGGCUUCAUUCUGUCAUUCUUGAGCCGUGCGUGCGACGUCCGUCGUGGGUGCAGAUCGCCGUGUCCCGCUGCGCCGUCCGUUUCCCACCUCUGAUCUGUCGAUCGCUUCAAGACCACCCCCGGGCGAUUGCGCCGCGCCGCUGCUUUCGCUUACCAGCCUGCGCCGGCUAUCCUCCCUUGCUUCCCCCCCUCCGGGCCGUCAUUUUCGCAAUUUGGAAUCAGUACAUACAAUUACGAGCAUAGUUUUCGAACAAGCACAUGCGCGGGUGACAGCAGCAAGUACAAGGCUUACCCGGACGAGAGACGGAAGAGCCCGACCAGCCAGCCCUGAGACGAACACCACCACUUAGUUACUACUAUACGAGACGCGACCAACACGCCGAGAGCACGCGCACGAGGAAUGCGAUCCGAACGCGGGGCGUGUUUCAUCCUGAGCCUGGGGGCAUUCCCAUGCUGAGACAUACUCGGCGAGGGCGACGACGACGACGACGACUACAAACCACCCCACGACCACAUGGCGCCCGGCCGUGACGAAGCCGCGGGACACGACGCCCGCAACGCCAUCGCCGACCCCAAUGCCCGCGACGACCUGGCCGCACUGAACGAGCGAUACCCCUACGUCCGCCCGACGCCGCCCCGACGGGCGAGCUCGUCGUCGUCCGCUACCACGGGACUCGCCUCGGCCCGCGCGAGGUCGCUGGCUGGCGAGCACGGCGGCGCGAGAAGGGGAUAUGACGUCCACGAGUUGCAGACGAUACCCUCGACGGCCCCAAUGGCCGACCCCCCGAAAAAGCAGCGAGGCACUGCUGCUCCCUCAUGCGAAGAAGUUGCUGAAGGAACGGAAAAGCGCCCUGGCGAAGACGUGCAGCUGGUAACGUCGCAUGGGACCAACAAGGCGUCGCGACUGUUCUUUUGGCGACGUGGCGGGAACAAGAGGCGGUUAAGGAGGGUCUCUCGAACAGAGCGCGCAACGGAGCAGCUGGCCCUUCUCUACCAGCGGUUCAUCGUCCAAGGCCUCUUGCGCCGCAAGCCGCUCCCGCCCACGGCAGACGGCCGCCAUGUUCCUCUCUGCCCCUCAGGCGUCGGCCCAGAGGGUCUUGUCGACGAGCGCAGCGGCAAGCCCUACAUCAGCAACUUCAUCCGGUCGAGCAGAUACACCCUCUACGACUUCAUCCCCAAGCAGCUCAUUUUCCAAUUUAGCAAAAUUGGCAACUUUUACUUCCUCAUCAUGGCCAUCCUGCAGAUGAUUCCCGGCCUGAGCACCGUCGGACGCUGGACCACCGCCGUGCCCCUGGGUCUCUUUGUGGCCUUUAGCAUGGGCAAAGAAGGAUACGACGACUACAGGCGGUACAAGCUCGACAAGGUCGAGAACCGAAGCCCGGCAUCUGUGCUGGCGUGCGGUGUCCGGAGCAGCGGCGGUUUGAAGCCGUCCGGUAUUUCGCGAAAGAGGCCAGGCGAUAUCGAGGAGGCCGCCUUGCGAGAUCUAGAGGGCGGCGGCGGCGGCAGCAGGCCUGGCACGGGCGCCGCCAGCUGGGUGACCGUUCAAUGGCAAGACGUGCGCGUCGGCGACGUGUUGCGGCUGCGACGAGACCAGGCUGCCCCCGCCGACAUGGUCCUGCUGCAUGCCACGGGGCCCAAUGGCGUGGCGUACAUCGAGACCAUGGCCCUCGACGGCGAGACCAACCUCAAGAGCAAGCAGACGUGCCCUCUGCUGGUUGAGCGGUGCAGCACCGUCCAAGGCAUCAUGUCUGCGCAGGCCACCAUUGUCUCCGAGGACCCCAACCUCGAUCUGUACAGCUACGAGGGAAGAGUGGCGGUCGAUGACGGUGAGACGCUUCCUCUCUCCCUUAACAAUGUCAUCUUCCGCGGCUCGACCCUCCGCAACACGUCGGAAGCCACUGGCCUCGUGGUCAACUCGGGCGAGGAGUGCAAGAUUCGCAUGAACGCGAACAAACACGUCCGCGCCAAGAAGCCCGCCAUGCAGACCAUCAUUAACAAGAUGGUUCUGUUCCAGAUUCUCGUCGUCCUGGGACUGGCGGGCGGGCUGACGGCCGGCUACUACCUUUGGGAGCCCAGCGUACACGCCACUGCUUCGGCCUUCCUCCCCAGCUCCCCCGUCUAUAACGGCCACGUUACGUUCAAGGAAAUCUUCGUCGGCUUCAUUCUCAUGUUCAACACGUUGAUUCCCGUCUCGCUGUACAUCAGCAUGGAGAUUAUCAAGAUCGGGCAGUUUCUGCUCAUGCGCGACGUCGACAUGUACGAUCCGGUAACGGACACGCCCAUGGUGGCCAACACGACAACCAUCUUGGAGAACCUGGGGCAGGUGAGCUACGUGUUCUCGGACAAGACGGGGACCAUGACGCAGAACUUGAUGCGCUUCCGCAAGCUCAGCGUCGCCGGCGUGGCCUGCCUGCACGACAUGGACCUCCAGAGGGACGCGGCGGCGGCCAAGCACGCCAAGGGCAAAGGCAGGGAUGUGGCCAUUUCGUCGGCGCCGAUGAAGGCGCUGCCGGAAGAAGACGACGAAGACGAUGACAUGAGCAUCAAGGCAAAGCCGUACCCGGCUCGGCAGGGCUCGUUGAGCUCCAUGCCACACUGGAAAUCUUCCGUCCGUCCCGACGACGAGCCGGAGAUGAAGACGGAGCAGCUGCUUGACUACAUCCAACGCAGGCCAAACACGACAUUUUCACGCAAGGCCAAGCAUUUCUUGCUGUGCAUUGCUCUCUGCCACACCUGCCUGCCUGAAUACAAGGACGGCGGGGAGCUGGCCUUCCAAGCUGCCUCCCCCGACGAGCUCGCACUGGUCGAGGCGGCACGCGAUCUGGGAUUUUUGCUCAUUGACCGCCCUGCCCAGUCCAUAAAGCUGCAGACGCGGGAUGCGGAUGGGUCUCUGCAUGUCGAGACGUACCAGGUUCUGGACGUGGUCGAGUUCAGUAGCAAGCGGAAGCGCAUGUCCAUCGUCAUCAGGAUGCCGGACGGGCGCAUCUGCGUCUUCUGCAAGGGCGCCGAUAACGUCAUUAUGUCUCGCCUCAAGCUGAGCCACCUGGCGGAGCAAAAGGCCAAGGACAUUAGCCGCAGGGCCAGCUUGCGGAAGACGUUUGAACAGGACAAGGCGCUGCGGCGGAUGAGCGAGCAGGGCGGCAGCGCCAAGGGGACACCCAGGACGAGCUUCGCCAUGAGGCGCGCCGAUUCGAGCGACGUGAGGGAGGGCGGCGGCUUGAGGCUGAGCCUCGGUAGACGAUCAACGGACCUUGCCCGGCUUGCGCAGUCGGACGGGGUCGCGUCGUGGCUCAACAGGCGCCGAACGGAAGAGCUGCCGUCCCCGCGCGCAUCGACCGACUUGCCCACGCGCUCGUUUGACCACGGCUCUUGGGUCGACGAGUCCCUGGCCAGCAACGAGGCUGCCGUCUUCGAGCGAUGCUUCCAGCACGUCGACGACUUUGCGUCCGAGGGCCUGCGGACGUUGCUCUACGCGUACCGGUACGUCGACGAGGACUCGUACGCCAGCUGGAAGGAACAGUACCACCGGGCGCAGACGAGCCUCGUGGACCGCCAGAUGCUCAUCGAAGAGGCCGGUGAGCAGAUCGAGCAAAGGUUCGAGCUCGCCGGGGCGACGGCCAUCGAGGACAAGCUGCAGGAGGGCGUGCCAGAGACGAUUGACAAGCUGCGGCGCGCCAACAUCAAGAUUUGGAUGAUCACGGGCGACAAGCGCGAGACGGCCAUCAACAUCGGCCAUUCGGCCCGGCUUUGCAAGCCCUACUCUGAGCUCUACAUCCUCGACGUCGCCGAGGGCAACCUGCAGGAGUCGAUGACGACGAUCCUCAACGAGGUGGGCCGGGGCAUGGUGCCGCACUCGGUGCUCGUCGUGGAUGGGCAGACGCUCGCCGCCAUCGACGCAGAUAACGACUCGCUGCUGCUCUUCAACGACCUCGUGGUGCGUGUGGACUCGGUCAUCUGCUGCCGGGCGUCGCCGUCGCAAAAGGCGGACCUGAUCAAGUCGAUCCGUCGCCACGUCCCAGACUGUAUGACGCUGGCGAUUGGCGACGGUGCCAAUGACAUUGGCAUGAUCCAGGCGUCGCACGUGGGCAUCGGCAUAUCCGGGCGCGAGGGCCUGCAGGCGUCGCGCAUCGCCGACUACUCCAUCGCGCAGUUCCGGUUCCUGCAGAAGCUGCUGCUCGUCCACGGCCGCUGGAACUACCUGCGCACGGGCAAGUACGUCCUGGCCACGUUCUGGAAGGAAAUAGUGUUCUUCCUGGUGCAGGCGCACUUUCAGCGGUACACGGGGUACACGGGAACGUCGCUCUUCGAGUCGUGGAGCUUGACCGUCUUUAAUAGUGCCUUUACGUCGCUCCCCGUCAUCCUGCUUGGCAUCUUCGACCGCGACCUGGCGCCUGAGACGCUGCUGGCGGUGCCGGAGCUGUACACGUUUGGCCAGCGCAACGAGGGCUUCAACUUUGCGCAGUACUUUGGCUGGAUGAUUAUGGGCACCGCGGAGAGCCUCGUCAUCUUCUUCACCAUGUACGGGGUGUACGCGCGGGCCCUGUUUACCAACGACACGGGGCUGUUUGCUAUGGGCGUGAUUUGCUUCACCGUGGCCGUCAUCUUUAUCAACAUCAAGCUCUUAGUGCUAGAGGUGCACAGCAAGACGGCCGUCAUAUUCGGCGGGCUCAUCAUCUCCGUCGGGGGCUGGUUCCUCUGGAACAUGAUCCUGUCAGCCGUGUACAAGCGCCAGGUGGGACCGUACAUUGUGCGGGACUCGUUCCUGCGCAACUUUGGGCGUGAGCUGCAGUGGUGGACGACGAUGUUGCUGGGCCUGACGGUGCUGGUGGCGCUGGAGCUGGUGGUGCAGGGCGUGCGGCGGGUGUACUGGCCCACGGACCAGGACCUGAUGCAGCGCAUCGAGAAGGAUAAGGGUCUGCGGUGCGUGAUGCGGAUGCAUGCUGGCGGCGGCGGUGCUGACGACGAGGGCGUCUGUGAUGAUGACGAUGCUGAUGAUGAUGACCGGAGCGAUGUUAGCGAUGAGGAGGAAGAGUACGGCGCGCGUGGGGGCAUUGAGAUGCGCGAGGGCAUCGGCAGCGGGAAAGGCGGCCGCGUGGUGCACCGUCACGCCGGUGACGACGACGACGAGGGCCGGACGCGUGGGAGCUACGAGCAACAGAAGCAGCAGCAGCAGCAGACGGCGCCACCACAGAGACAGCACGUUAGGGUCAGCGUGGACGAGUACCGGCCGCCGAAGUGGUCGCACCCGGCGGAGGAGCGGGAGAAUCCGUUUGACAGCAGCACGAUGCCGGGGCGGGCGCUGUGAGAUGGGAUGGGAUGAACGAGCCCCCUUCCCCCUGUCCCCUCCUUGCCGUGUUUUGUACGAUGAUGGGUUGGCUGUCCCAACGUUGGCGGCAAUGGUGGCUUUGGGUUGGUCUUGGUGCUGCUUGCUGUCCGUUUAAGUUUAAGUUUACGUUUCUGUCUUUUGUUUUUGGCGCGGCGUUUGGGGGGGUUUUGCACAUGGCCGUGGUUUCCAUGCGGUGGCGGUGGCGGUCUUUCCUUGGGGGACGGUGCGGGGCGGCGUUUUCGGGGGAGGGGGAGUUGGUGCAUGCAUGCAUGAGUCUGGUGGCUGGGGAUUAGUAGAACCUAUACUAUACGCAUGGAGAGGAGUCGCAGUCGCAGUUGUGGAUGCAGUUGGCAGUAUCCCCAGCGGGUAUACCUUGUACCUUAUACUUAUGCUUAUGAGUAUGGUUACGAUUGAAGGACGUACACGUCGGUAUGGUUGUGAAUGAUUACGAUUGAACAAGUAUAUGCGGGUAUGGUUAAUGUGGAACGCUCGUGUUGACGUUUGUUCUUCUCCUUUUCGGAAGAGAUGAGACGCUCGUGAUUACAGGGCGCCAUCGAGUUGUUAGG